AUGGACCACGCCAGCGCAGGUGCGAAGGCACUAGCUGUAUCAGAUGCAAAGACAGCCGUGGAAGAGUACACAAAAGCCUUGAUUGAGAACCCUACCUCACCAGACUACUUCAUUCAGAGAUCAACUGCUUUCGGUCGGCUAAACCCACCACGACACGAUUUGGCUCUACAGGAUGCUGAAUUUGGAGUGCUUGCUGGACAGAAGCGUGGGAAGAGAGACAAGAUACAGGCUGCACAACAACGAAGGGUCGUUGCUCUCUAUAACCUUGAGCGAUAUGCUGAUGCAAAGCUGGUCCUGGACAGUAUGAAGAGAUGGCGGCCGACAAACUCAAAACCGCAGGAAAUGGAACAUAACAUGUGGCAGUCCAAAAUUGAUGGCAAGCUGAAGACUAAACCGCAAGAAGCAACCGUCACCGAAUAUCCUUCAACGUCUUUACCGAAUGAGAGGACGAUGACGAAUUUGCUUGAGAAGCAAUUGCAGAAUGGUACUGCCUCCAACCAGAACGAAAAAGAUGUUGAGGUUCAAAUGGUGGACGACGGCGGAAAGGAACGGUCUACUACUGAACAACCUUCCACGACUGCACCUACCACAAGCACAACCGAAUCUACACCAGCCACAGUUGCGCCUCCUCAGAACUUCAGACACGAAUGGUACCAGAAUAACCAAAACGUAAUCGUCACAAUCUAUGCCAAAGGAGUCCAGAAAGACAAGGUCGAGGUCGACAUUGAAGAAGACUCAAUCUCUGUAACCUUUCCCCACCCUUCCGAUCCUUCGUCCUCUUUCAAUCUGAGCUUCGAUCCCCUAUACGCACUCAUCGAUCCAUCAGCCUCAAAGUCACAAGUCAUGUCAACCAAGAUCGAGCUCACUCUUGCUAAGGCUGCUCAAGGUCAAAAGUGGGCAAACAUAGAAGGUUCAGCACCUCUCAAGAAGUCAGAAGCUGCACCAACAGAAGACGCCUCAGCCCAGGCUGCUAUGAUGUCUUCCAUUCAGCAACCUCCUGCCCCAGCUGCAGCCCCUUCAUAUCCAACCUCCUCCAAAACUGGUCCGAAAAACUGGGACAAGCUAGCAAGCGAUCUCACCAAGAAGCCAAAGAAGUCCACCCCAAAGUCCGAGAAACAUGAUGAGGACGAGGACGAUUCCGAUGCAGAUGACGCUGAAGUCGAUGACGACUCCGAUUUUGGAGGAGAUGCUGUCGACGGCUUUUUCAAGAAGCUCUACGCUGGUGCUGAUCCUGACACUAAGCGAGCCAUGAUGAAGAGCUUUACAGAAAGCAACGGCACGGCACUUUCUACUAACUGGUCGGAUGUCGGCAAGAAAAAGGUGGAAGAGGUCAAAAGCCGUGAUGAAGAGAACUGA